UCUCGUCUUUCCACAGCUCAAAGAAGGCACCCCACCCUUUUUCAGGUCCAGCCCAGGCGAUAAAAUGGCCAACACACAAAAACCCACUCCGCCCACUUGGAGUUGUUUACGUCGCCGAAGAGCUUUCACGCCCAGAACCAAACGAGAAAGAAGGCGGAGCCCGGAUUGUCACGUGGCUGCCCCGCCCACCGGAGUGGGUAACAGUUGCCAAUAACCUUCUCCUGAAAUGUCACAUACACCUGAGGAUACAUGAUCUAGAAGAUUGUGAUGCUAAUGUCUUUAUUGCUCUUUAUCAAUCCAUUUUGGGAGAAAAGGUACCAGACCUCAUAGCUAAUCCCAGGAGUCAAGAGGAUGAAGCUCACAAUGCACAAGCAGUAAUUGAUUCUCUGGCCUUGGAUUACCUGCAGGUCAGCUUGUCUCAUAUAACAGGAGAAAAUAUAAUGAAAGGAGAUAAAGAAUCUAUUAAGAAUCUCCUAGAAAUAUUUGAUGGGUUACUGGAGUAUCUUACAGAACACAUCAGUGAAACAUCUCACGAGAAAAGUGAAACUGGACAGGGUUUUAAAGAAUCCCAUGGAGAAGAACCUUUGGAAGAGUCAGAAAGUACUAAAGAAUCCAGAUCAUCAUGGAAAAGAGUUUCUUUUAGGAGGUGUUCCUUGUCAUCUGAGACUUUGGGCCCCUCUUGGGAUGGAGAUGAAGCAGAAUCCACUGGUGAAAUAAUUAGACUUGGAGACACAGCACACACCUUUUCUCUUAGAAGUAAUGGUACCCAAGGUCCUAACAAAAUGCAAUCUGAACAAGCCUCAACUGUACCAUGUUUUAAAUCACGUGAAGAAGUAUUGAACCCUCCUUCAUCUAGUUUUUUGUCCAAGAGUGGGACAUCCUUUGUUGAAGAUACAGAAAUUCCUCCUGUGGAUAUGAUUCCAAGUGCUAGGAAGCUAGGGGAGCCUAUCCGAUCAGCUAUUCCAUUACAUCCACCCUACCACCCUUCAGAGCCUCGAGCAUCCUGCCCCAUAGGAAAAGAAUACUUGCGUUCAAGUCACUGCUCCCCUGCCAUGAAUUCUUCUGGAGAGGGCACAGCAUUUUCUUUGGAACCAGAUAAUAGAGUUUUUUUAACUUCCAAGAUGCUUAAAGAUAGCAAACAGGAAACAUAUCCAGCUCAAGUCCAAGGUCCUAGGACAAGGAAGUUUCCCAAAGGAAAAAGAUAUGAAAACAGAGCUGCAGUCUCAUCCUGGGAUUCACCUUUCUCUCAGAGGCCAAAAAAUAGGUUAACAGAACAAGAAUUACAUGAAGUAUCAGAAAAACUCUCUAAACGGCUCUCAGAACUAGAUUGGAUGUUAAAAAGUGCCCUGGGUGAUCGAAUUAAAGAAAAGACUCACCACGAAGAAGAUACUGGAAAUGAAGAGAUGGAGAGUGGAAAUUAUGAGACACUGUCUCAGCACAGUGACAGCAUCAUGGAGUGUGGGCAGAAAAAGCAAAGGCCAGGACUUGCCAUGCAUAGAAAGCCACCCUACAGAUCUCAUUCACUCUCUCCAUCUCCAGUUAACAAAAAUAAACAGUUUAAUAUGGAAAGAAAAAAGCAGGGAAAGCCAAUAGAAACAGAUACCCGCCGAUUCCAAGCAAAGGCACUAACUGAGGCAUUUGAAAGGGAACUAAGAAGAAAUAAAGUUCAAGAAAAUAUUGGACCUCCAGGAACAAAUGACGAGGAGGAAACAGAAAAAAUAUACAGAGAAGCUGGUCAUAAAGGAACUCCAAAACGUAGUCAAUCCUGGAAGAUUUACUCUAGAAACACUGUAACUCCAAGUCCAAGAGCUGGCUUGCCAAAGCCAAAGAAAGUAGUUCCAAUGAAAGUAAAUGAACACAGUCUCCUGCCCCUGAUGCUUGAGCAGUUUCCGUUUCUCUAUGUUUCUGGCCAAACUCUAAGCAAAAUGUGGAAACAACAAAUCGCACAGGUUGAACAGUUCAAAAAAGAUGCAUACAGAGAAGAUCGAUCAAAGAAGAAACUCCAGGAUGAAAUAGAAGAAGCCUUAAGAAGGCAUGAGCUGCUUACUGCACUUGUCAAGAAAGAGUAUGAACACAACAAGAGACUGCAAGACUUCAAGGACCGCAUUCAUAGGCAGAAGUUGACCCAAUCAAAAAUAAGAGAAAAUCGGCAGCAGAUUGUUCGUGCCCGAAAAUAUUAUGAUGAUUAUAGAGUUCAGUUGCGUGCAAAAAUGAUGAGAAUGAGGACCCGAGAAGAAAUGAUAUUUAAGAAACUGUUUGAAGAAGGUUUACAAAUUCAAAAGCAAAGAUUACGAGACCUAAGAAACUAUGCCAAAGAAAAGCGAGAUGAACAAAAGAGACAGCACCAGAAUGAACUGGACUCAAUGGAGAACUACUAUAAAGAUCAGUUUUCAUUGCUGGCAGAAGCCAUAUCACAGGAACAUCAAGAACUCAAAGCUAGAGAAAAAUCCCAGGCCCAGACAUUAUAUAAGGUGAAGAGGGAGCUGAGAUCUAAGAUGGAGAAGGAAAUUCAACAACUGCAGUACAUGAUCACACAGAAUGACGAUGAUGCUUUUUUCCGGGAAUUGGAAGCUGAGCGCUUCAAAUCUCGGCUUCACCUGGCUUCCUUUCAGUACAGUAAGAAUCCCUUCCCAUAAGGCCACUUCCAUAAGUGACGUUUCUGGAGGGCUUGACCAGGGCAGACUUAGAAUUGAGCCAGGAAACUAAACCAGAAGAAUCAUUUCUA